AUGGCCUUCCGCACCACAGCAGAAGAAAUGGAGAGGCUUCAGCUAUCCGACGAUGAGACAGAUGACCUAUGGAACUCCCCAUCCAAGAGAGUGUCCCACAAAAAGAUCCACCCAAGGACCGACGAGAAAACUACCCCAGAACCUCGAGCUUCCCAUGAUGGCGAGGAUCCUCUCUUUGAUCACCGGGAGGCCCGAGAGGCUGCUCUCCGGGCAGAAUUACAAGGUGUGCGGAAUAUCAACGAAGUGAUAGAAGGACUUCUGGGAAGUUUGGACUCCGCCAAAGGGAACAUGGAGACUGUCUCACAAACUGUUACCUCGGCCUCGACAUUACUCAACACGUGGACCCGCAUUCUCUCCCAAACCGAGCAUAACCAGCGACUGAUACUCAACCCCAACUGGCAAGGUGCUAGUCAGGAUAUGAUCGAUAUCGAGAACCAAGCGAUUCAAAGACAGCAAGCGGCAGAAAGACGCGAGCAGGCACUUCAGCAACAAAGAGAAGUAGCAGCGCGAAAAGCUGAGGAAAUUGAAAAGCGACGCGCACAGGUCACUCGGGGUACUCGAGGCACCCGCGGAACUACGAGGGGCACAGUUCGAACCACGGGCUUAGGAAGAACGGCCAGUGUCAGCACAACCCGCACAGCAACACGGGGGUCUACGACAACAACCCAACGGCCAGCCAGCGGGAUAGCACGAGGGAGUGGAAUUUCUCGCGGUCGGGGGAAGGUCUAG